GAAAGGAUAUUAAGGAGAAGAAGAAGAUGACUACAGAGGUGGUCAUAAUGGAGAGAGCUGAACAAGAAUCAACUGUGAGUAAACGUGAUUGUUUAAGACGGUCGUAUUUGGUUGAGAAACUGAGAGAACGACAUGAGGAUCUGAUGCAGAGGAGAAGGAAAGCUGCUAGAUUUGGAUUGGAGCUUUCGUUUCUUGUGGCGGAAUUUAUGUUUUUGAUACCUAAUGAGUUUCUUGCUGGUGAAACUGGAGAUUGCAGCUGUAUGUGUACAAAGCUACUUGGGGUCGAUGAAGAUGAAAAGGGUACAAGUGUAAUCAUAGGAAAGCUUGAGGCAGUGUUUAGGAUAGUGAUUUGGAAGAAGCAGAACAAGGAACAUGAUGUCAACCUUCCUGAAUCUAUUUUUAGGUAUGAUGAUUUCAUUCGUCUUUGCGCAGAUGCAGUUCGAGCCUUGGGAAAGAUUGUUUGGGCUAUGAAAAGGGAUCAGUGUGAAACACUCAAUCUUUCUGAUUUGGAUUGUUUGUUUGAAGAUUUCGAAAAAGUGUUGAUGAAGAUUGAGCUGAAGCUAGCAGAGAUGAAGCAAAAGGUUUACAGAUCUGUUUCUGCGGAUUAUGAGUCGUUUUCGAAGUCAGAAAGGUAUGAUCGUUUGCUCGGAGAAAAGUUCAUGAAGAGGGCCAUUGCUGAUAACAGAUUUGGGAGAUCAGUGAUUGGAUCUUACUUAGUAGAGAUAUGGCGGUCUCUGUUUCAGGCAGAGGCAUUACAGGAGUAG